ACACCUCCAAACUUUACUUUAAUUCACUAUAAAAUGUGGAUAAGUUGCUCACUCAAUUUCAUUAUACCAAGCUACUAAACUUAGUAGUGUAUAUAUAUUUUUUUUGUGUCGAUUCAAAUAACAAACAAAGGUACGUGAGUAUAUUUAGAGACAAUGAAGAGAACCUCGCAAUCUUCAAUGCUCUUUCUUGGGCUCAUAUUAGUAACCCUAGUUGGCCUUGCCCAUUGUCAUGCUCAUAGUCCUCAUGGACAACUUAAAGUUGGUUUUUAUAAUGGCAAGUGUGGUGGACACAACGUUGAAAAGGUCAUUUAUGAUGUAGUUAAGCAAAAAAUUACUGCUAAUCCAGAUACAGUGUCUGAUCUUGUUCGUGUAUCAUUCCACGAUUGCUUUGUUAGGGGAUGUGAUGGAUCGAUAUUGCUCAAUGGAAAAGAUACAGAACAAACAGCGCCAAUUAAUAAAGGGCUUGGUGGUAUCAAGACUGUUAGUGAUAUUAAGGAAGCAGUUGAGAAGGUUUGUCCAGGAGUCGUCUCUUGUACAGAUGUUCUUGUUAUAGGUGCUAGAGCUGCAAUUUCCUUGGCAGGAGGAAAAUGGUAUGAAGUAGAAACCGGAAGAAGAGACGGAGUUGUUUCACGUAAAGAUGAAGCACAAGCAAACAUUCCUCCACCAACAAUGCCAGUACCUCAAGCCAUUGAAUUGUUUGCUAAGAAAGGACUCAACAAGCAUGAUUUCGUCGUACUUUUAGGUGGACAUACUGUUGGAACUGCACAUUGUCACUCAUUCAAAGAGCGUUUAUAUAAUUUUCGAAAUACCAAAAAACCAGACUGUACUAUUAGCCCAUCUCUUCUCCAACUUUUGCAAAAGACAUGUCCUCUAAAUAGUAAAAUUGACAAUGAAACAUUCCUAGACCAAACAACAAAUAGCCACUUCAAGAUUGACAAUGCUUACUACAAGCAAAUUCUAGCACACAACGGCGUAAUGGAGAUUGAUCAAAACUUGGCAUCAAAUCCCUCUACUAGAGGCCUAGUUAUCGGACUAGCCAAAAGUCCUAAUCAAUUCCUAGACCAAUUCGGUCCGGCCAUGGUCAAGAUGGCUAGGAUUGGAGUUCUCACAGGCAACCAAGGGGAGAUAAGAAAAUCUUGUGGUUCCGUCAAUUAGUUUAAGUUUUUAAUUUAAUUUCUCAAUCCAAUUUUAAUUUUUGUCAUUUGUUAUUUGUUAUUAUUAGUUGUUGUUGUGGUUGUCGUUGUUGUAUCAAUAGAAGGUGGGUCGUAGCAAGUUGAUAUGCAUGGGAAACUCCAUGUGGUAAUGCGCUGAAUUAGAUUCAUUCAUCAUUGCAUUACCUAGAAAAAAAAAAAAGUAGGGACAUAUUUUGUUAACCUUUAUAAGUGCCAUUAUUAUUCUAUGGAAUAAUCAAAAAAAAGUUUUAAAAUUGUGUUUGCUUGUACGUAAGUACGCGACACAAACAAA